AAAAUAAUAAACAAAGGAAAACAUGAGAACGAUGACAUUUAAAGUUGACGCCAGCUGUUGAUGGGAACUUAAGUUAAGUUGAGUAAAUACUCAUCCUGAAAGUGGAACAAAAAGUUUUUUACAUAAGGUCUACACGUGCAGAAGAUAAACCUUAUUGAAUUAAAUAUUAAAGUUUAAACCUGAUAAACAAUUCAUUAUUCAUAAUUCAAUACCAUUAUUGUCACUAUUAUCGGUUUAAUAAUUAAAUUUUUAUGUGACGUAAUAUUUAUUAGCCUUUAGAUAUAUCACUGUGAAUAUUCAUAACAGCUGACAUCGAACACAAAAUUAUUUUCCCGUAAUUGCAAAGAAAUAUCAGAAUCUCUUUCAAUGGAUCCAAAUUUACGAAAUCUUAAAGAUUUUCUGACACUAUAUAAUAAAGUCACGGAGUUGUGCUUCUCGAGAUGUGUAGAAACACUCUAUGAGCGGGAAUUAACCAACGCCGAGAACACCUGUAUAGAUAGGUGUGUAACAAAAUUUGCGCGUUUUAAUCAAAAAAUGAUGAAUGUUUAUGUUGAAGUACAAACGGACAUAAACCAAAAACGAAUUAAAGAACUUGAAACGACCCAGAAACAAGGGGACCAAGCGUCAACAUCAUCGUCAAAGGUAGUUGCAGCAGGAUUAAACUCAGUACCUACACAGGCAUCUGGAGCACAAACACCCGCCUACUCUUAAAAUAAAGAUCAGUAAAAAAUUAA